UUGUGUAUAUAAAGGCCAGUGUUCAGGUAUUUUGAGGGCGACACGCUUUGACGCACCAAUCAGAGCGUCGCGUUGAGCUGUUGAGCAGUCUAUCGCGUGCUGUGCGCGAGGAGGAUGCGCGCUUGUUUGGGAUGCUGGCAUACUUCAGGACAGAAACAUACACCACGAAAACUAAUGGCGCAAUUCUGCUGAGCACUCGAAAAGCAUCCUCUACUGCCUCCGGUCAUGUCCGUCCCAGCCACCCCAGGUUUGCCAUAGAUAUUAAGCUUCUUCCACAGACACACUCUUGACUUCCAGUUGCUCUCUUUCAGUGUGGGAUGAUAACGAAACUCUGCAGGUUCUGAGCUGAAGCUCUGCUGCUGCAGUCUUGCCAUUGCUUUGGCUCUCACACAGAGCUCUACCUGAAUCUGCCCUCCUGAGGUUACCUGAGUCCACCCACCUCAAAAUACCACCCCAUGAGGCACUAAGGAAGCUUUUUUUUUCGCCAUAUCCUGUCAUGGCUCCUCCUCUACUCCUCCACCUUUUCCUCCUUCUCCUCCUCUCUCCACAGGUGUGUUUGGGCAGCAGUGCUCGUGGGAACAGCAACAGUAGUACAGAUGCCCCCAAGAAACCUUGUUCUGAUAAAGUCACAUGUCAACCAGGGAUUCUACUUCCUGUGUGGCUUCCACAUGAUCCCCCACUGGCAAUGCAGGCAAUAAGAGCAGUGAUCUAUUUCACAUGUCUUCUCUACAUGUUCCUGGGUGUUUCUAUCAUUGCUGACCGUUUCAUGGCUGCCAUCGAGGUCAUCACUUCACAGGAGAAGGAGGUGACUGUGACAGGUGCAAAUGGAGAGAAGACAGUAAUGACAGUAAGAAUCUGGAAUGAAACUGUCUCCAACCUCACACUCAUGGCUUUGGGUUCAUCAGCCCCUGAGAUCCUGCUGUCUGUAAUAGAGGUGUGUGGACAUGGUUUUGAGUCCGGAGAACUGGGUCCUGGCACUAUAGUGGGCAGUGCUGCAUUUAACAUGUUCGUGAUAAUCGGAGUGUGUGUGUGGGUGAUACCUGAUGGAGAGGUGAGGAAGAUUAAACACCUCAGAGUCUUCUUCAUUACUGCAUCCUGGAGCAUCUUCGCCUACAUCUGGCUCUACCUCAUCCUGGCAGUCAUAAGCCCUGGCAUUGUACAGGUCUGGGAGGCUCUGGUCACUCUGUUCUUCUUCCCUGUGUGUGUCUUAAUGGCGUGGAUCGCUGAUCGGCGCCUGCUCUUUUACAAGUACUUGCACAAACGCUACCGUGCUGAUAAACGUCAUGGUAUCAUUGUGGAGAUGGAGGGUGAGCUAGCACCCAGAGGCAUUGAUGCCAUCAUGGGAGAAAAAUAUCAAAACAACACCACCAGCAUUAAUAUUGAGAAAACCAAAGAACCUGAACAGGAGAGAGAGGAGGUAAUCCGUAUGCUGAAGGAACUGAGAGAGAAGCAUCCGGACAAAGACCUGGAUCAGCUGAUUGAAAUGGCAAACUAUGCCUCCAUGCAGAAACAGCAUAAGAGCCGGGCAUUUUACCGUGUGCAGGCAACACGCAUGAUGAUCGGGGCAGGGAACGUACUGAAGAAACAUGCCGCAGCCGAACAGGCAAAGAGAGUCGCUGGAGAUUCGACUGAGAAUGACCUGGCCACCUGUUCUCAGAUCGCAUUUGAGCAGGCGCAGUAUCAGUGCAGUGAGAACUGUGGGAACGUGAGUCUAUGGGUCUGUUUACAGGGGGGAACUGGAACCAGAACCUUCCACGUCGAUUACAGGACAGAGAAUGGGUCAGCUAGUUCUGGGGCAGAUUAUGAGUACUGUGAGGGAACGAUCGUAUUUCAGCCUGGAGAAACACGCAAGGAAAUAAAGGUGGGCAUUAUUGAUGAUGAUGUGUUUGAAGAAGAUGAACACUUCUUUGUGCGUCUCUCAAACCUGCGAGAGGGAGAGGGUGGGACCAACACUGAUGGUGCCCGACUGGUUGAACCCCUCGUAACCACGGUAACCAUUCUGGACGAUGACCAUGCAGGAGUCUUCGCAUUUGGUCAGCGGGAGCUCUGCGUGGGUGAAUGUUCAGGUGUGGUGAAGGUGCCUGUGAACCGGACAUCCGGUAUGCGCGGGACCGUAACGAUUCCGUAUCACACAGAGGACGGUUCUGCUAGGCAGGGUGUUGACUAUGAGCACACACAAGGAGAGCUGGAGUUUACCAAUGAGCAGACUAGUAAGACACUACAGGUGCGCAUCAUUAACAUGCAGGAAUAUGAGAAGCGAGAAAAUUUCUACAUUGUACUUGAAGAACCCAAAUGGCUCAAGAGAGGCAUCUCAGAUUUGCUGUUGAAUCAGGCCACUCCUGGUCCAGAAGUGGAGGAUGCCAGACGUAUAGCAGAGAAGGGGAAGCCCAUUCUGGGAGAACACAGCAGGCUAGAGGUCAUUAUAGAGGAGAGCAUGGCCUUUAAGGUCCGACAGGGAAUGGCCCCUAAUGGAGUUUUAGAUGCGGUAGUAGACCACUUGCCUCAGUGUGAAAAUACAGUAGACCGCCUUUUGAAGGAUACCAAUCUUGCUGAAGUAAUUGGCACACACUCCUGGAGGGAACAGUUCAUUGAGGCUAUAACAGUCAGUGCAGGAGAAGGUGAUGAGGAAGGAGGGGAGCCUCAGCAGCCUUCGUGCUGUGAUUAUUUCAUGCAUGUGGUUACAGUGUUCUGGAAGAUUCUGUUUGCGUUCGUUCCACCUACAGAGUACUGUAAUGGCUGGGCCUGCUUCGUUGUGUCCAUUGUGGUCAUUGGGAUGCUAACUGCUGUGAUCGGAGAUUUGGCAUCUCAUUUCGGCUGCACAGUGGGUCUCCGUGACACUGUCACUGCUGUAGUGUUUGUCGCAUUAGGAACCUCCAUACCAGAUACAUUUGCAAGCAAGGUCGCUGCUCAACAGGAUGAGUAUGCAGAUGCUUCAGUUGGAAAUGUAACCGGUAGCAACGCCGUUAAUGUUUUCCUUGGGAUUGGCGUGGCUUGGUCCAUUUCAGCCAUUUACUGGGAGGUCAAAGGUCAGGUGUUUUAUGUAGACCCUGGCUCACUUGCAUUCUCUGUUACACUCUUCACCAUCUUCGCCUUCAUUAACAUGGGUGUGCUGAUGCUACGGCGGCGGCCAUCAGUGGGCGGAGAGCUGGGUGGGCCCAAAACGCUAAAGGUUCUGACUUCAAUGUUGUUCCUCGGUUUGUGGUUUCUCUACAUCAUGUUCUCCAGCCUAGAGGCCUACUGUCACAUCACUGGCUUCUGAGGACAGAGAAGACAUACAGACUCAAUAAACAUACAUACACACUAAUACUAAUGACUUUCAGAUUAAAUGAGUUUUGUGAAAACUGAGUUGCGAGAGAAAUGUAUGACAUGCUGCCUAUUCCAUGGUAAUAUGUACAUUAAGUAGGUUUAGGUAUGCACUCUCUGUAUUAAAAAAAAAAAAAAACAUACCUACAAUAAGAGAGUGAGUGAGAGAGAGCAAGAUUGUAUGACUGCACAGCUGUCAGGGGCAUCUCUAACUGUUGUUUGGCUUUGGUUUCAAAACACAUUAGAGGUAUUAUGAACUUUUGACAUUACCAGACCCUCAAUGGCAUAGAGGAGUUUAACACACUGCAAGAUGUAGCACUUUUUUGACAGAACUGUGAUAUAAUUUUAUAUGCUGAGACUCAUGACAGUAAUUGAUGUACCUGUAAAGAGAUGCUAGGCCUCUCUCUGAGAGAGAAGCUACAUAUGACUCUCCAUAGAAAUGACCAAAAAAAAAAGAGAGAAACUUCUUUUGCUAGUUUCAUUUUAGGAUCAAUGAAUAAUGUAUGUGAAAAAAAAAUCAAUUCACAUUAAUAUAUUUACUAAAAUAAUGAGUUUAUGUCAUAUGUGUCUUCAUGAAUGUAUUAUUUCAGCAUUUAAAUUUAUGUAAAAUCAUUAAUAAAUUGAAAUGUUUGUUUUUAUUGUUCUGUAUUCUGACUGGAACAUGCUGCUUUCAGAAAUGAAAAAUGGAAUUAUAGUUAUUUUAUUCAUUAAACAUCAACAGUUUACACUAA